CAUUAAAAAAACGAUCAUUAUCUUGUCCUGUCUCUUGCACCUAUUCACAGCUCUUACAAUGACGACGUUACCACUCUCACAACAUGCUCUCGAAGCUUUGGCUAGAGAGGCGAUGCAUGAUCGCAUCGUUGGCUGUCUCUUCGGAUCAGCCCUGGGCGAUGCUAUAGGACUAUAUACCGAGUUUCUCUCCGGAGACACGGCACGACUCGCAUAUUUAUCCCAAAAAUUUACUCUCUGUCCUCGAUCUGAAGCCACUCCCUUUCGUCGAGACGCGCAUCGCGACCCCAACGUGCCUGGAGAAUGGACUGACGACACAGAUCACGCCAUGUGCAUCUUGCUAUCAUAUCUCCAUAAAGACGGCAAAGAAAUGGACCCUCGUGACUUUGCCUCUCGCCUGCACAUCUGGGUUAGAAUGGGCCUUCGCGCGUUGGAUACCUUGCCGUUAGGCUUGGGCCGAACUGUUGGUGCCAUUGUGAGGAGUAAGACAUACCUCGACGAUCCAGAAGGAACUGCGAGAACACACUGGCGGAAUUCCAACUGCAAGAUUGCACCUAAUGGAAGCAUCAUGAGAACACAUCCGCUGGGUCUCAUGUGCAUUCACAAGUCGCUCGACGAAACAUUCCAGAUUGCUGCUGACUACUCCGUCGUUACACACGUCGACCCACGAUGCAUUAUUUCAUGCGCCAUCGGAACAGCGCUCAUUAGAGGACUUGUGCGGCAGGAGAUAUACAACGAAGAACACAUUGACGACAUCGUCAGCAAGGCAAUCGCAUGGUAUUCCACUUACCGGCUGCGCCAGAUAGAAAAAGACGCCAGUUGCAAAGACGAGCCAGAGCUGGAUCUGGAAGAGCUCAACAGGCAUGUCAAAGUAAGCGAUAUCUCUGAACUUGAGCUCGACGACAUGUACAAAAUCGGAUACACAUACAAGACUUUUGGGUCCGGCGUUUAUCUUCUCCGCCUCGCUAUGAGAGCGCUUGCUGCUCCUGAGGGCCGUCUUUCAACACAGAGAACCAUCUUCGAACGACUCAUUACCGAUCUCAUUAUGCAAGGCGGCGACGCUGAUACGAAUGCAUGCUUUGCUGGUGCUCUGCUUGGCGCGUAUUUGGGCUACAAAGUCUUGCCGCCACACUGGAGGGAUGGGCUGGUCCAUGGCGAGUGGCUAAUGAAAAAGUCAGAGGGGCUGAGUGUUUUGCUGGGAGUCAGUCAAGGCAGCUAUAGCGGUGUACAAGACAAGGACACAGCGCCGGAUGGAGGCAGAGGCUGGUUAACGGAAAGCCAGAUUGAGGAGAAGGUGAUGCUGCUACAGGCUGACAUGGUCAAGAGGGCGCAAGAAAGAGAUCAACAAGAGGGGAUUGAUAGGAGACGAAGGGCAAAGAGAGCGUCAUGGCUGGGAGGGUUUGGUGGACGACGGUAAAUGAGGUCUGCGAAUUAAAUUGUUUUCAUACACUGAGUAAUGUAAUCUGACGAGUUGUGUGCUAAAUAGCGUCGGAGCAAGCUAAUAAAUCAUCCGAGUUUCUUGUC